AUGCUGAAAUUUCAAGAAACUGCUAAGCAUGUCACUGUUGCCAGAUUGGAUUCUGCUUGCUCAGACGCUGUGAUCGCAAGAAGAUACAUUAUUCAGAGGAAACUUGGCAACGGAAGCUUUGGAAGUGUGUAUCUGGUUUCUGACAGAAAAGCAAAACAAGGAGAAGAAUUAAAGGUUCUGAAGGAAAUCUCUGUUGGAGACCUAAAGCCUAAUGAAACAGUUGAAGCAAAUCUGGAAGCACAACUACUGUCCAAAUUAGACCAUCCAGCCAUUGUCAAAUUUUAUGCAAGCUUUGUGGAGCGAGAUAGUUUCUGCAUUAUCACUGAAUACUGCGAGGGUGGAGAUCUAGACUUUAAAAUUCAAGAGUACAAAAAUUCUGGGAAGUUAUUCACUCAAAGACAAGUAAUAGACUGGUUUAUACAGUUGUUACUCGGAGUCAACUAUAUGCAUGAAAGGCGAAUACUUCACAGAGAUUUGAAAGCCAAGAAUAUAUUUUUGAAAAAUAAUCUUCUGAAAAUUGGGGACUUUGGAGUUUCUCGUCUUUUGAUGGGUUCAUGUGAUCUGGCAACUACAUUUACUGGGACACCAUACUACAUGAGUCCAGAGGCACUGAAGCAUCAGGGGUAUAACACAAAAUCUGACAUUUGGUCCGUGGGAUGCAUUUUAUAUGAAAUGUGCUGUAUGAACCAUGCAUUUACUGGACACAAUUUUUUGUCUGUUAUGUUAAAAAUUGUAGAAGGUGAUACACCUUCUCUUCCUGAUAGAUAUCCAAGCAAACUGAAUGCUGUGCUGUGCAGCAUGUUAAAUAAGAAUCCUUCACUGAGACCAGCAGCAGCAGAGAUCCUAAAAAUCCCUUAUAUUGACGAACAAUUAAAGUGUUGAUACCAUUUAUAUUUUAUUUCCUUGCAGUACAACUUCACAAACAUGACUGUGAAAGACAAGGUGCUUAACUGGCAGAAAGAAGCUGCUCCCAUUUUUGACGCUGUGCAGAGGAAAGUUCAUUUGCAAACUCUGCAGGAACUGUCUGAAGUACAGAAAAUGACACCGCGGGAGCGAAUGAGGCUGAGGAAGUUAAAUGCUGCAGAUGAGAAAGCAAAGAAGUUGAAACAGCUAGCAGAAGAAAAAUACCAAGAAAAUAUCAAAAGAAUGCAAGAAUUCAGGGCCCGUAAUUUUCAGCAGCUGGAUGUCAAUGUCCUACAUGAAUCUGAUGAGCGGACUUCAAAACCCUUAUUUCAUUCUCAGCCAGUCAUUACAUGCGAGUAUGUGUCCAUAGAAUAUGAUGAACGAAGUGGAAAUGAGCCAAGUCAGUUCUGCGUGUCUGAACUUACAGACCAUGAGAUCCCUGAAGACCCAGAAAUUGCAGAAGAAUAUUAUAAUGAUGAGUUUGAAUCCUGUUCAGAAGGCAGUGAAGAGGAGGAGGAUGUGGAAGUAUCACAGGCGAUCUUGAAGACAAAUCAGCAGGACAGUGAUAUUGAGGCAAUGGUCAAGUAUUUGGAGAGUGUCCUGAAUAAUAGCUCAUUGGGCUCGGGGACUGUCACCGGAGUGUCUCCAGGGGUGCCCCAGGGAUUCAGAGCUCUCAACAUCACUAUGGCUGAGGCCAAACUGAAACACAUGAGGGAAUCCGCCAUUGGGAAGCUGGGAGCAGAGGUAUUUGAGUCUGUGUACAGCUAUCUCAAGCAAGCGAGACAGCAGAAUGCCAGUGAGGAGGAUAUCAAGAGACACCUGGAGAAACUGGUUUCUAGAGCAAGCGAUUGCUUUGAAGUGGAUCAGCUUCUCUACUUUGAGGAGCAGCUACAGGUUUCAGAAGCACAUCUUCAGCUGUAA